AUGGCCACUGCAUCAUUUCACUCAUUCCCACUUCUCCCUACUGAACUACAGCUUCAGAUUUGGGAGGAAGCCUGUAUUACUUUACAACCUCAACAACAACGCAUACACUACGUUGACAUUGAAGCCCACCCUCAGCGGCCUCUCCUUCUAGCCUUUCAUCCUGGGUUCGGCAAUGAUCCAUUUGGGUCCGCCUGCCUGAUUAAUCACGGCCUACGAGGUGCCUCUAGAGAUUCUCGAAUCGCCAUUAUCCAACACAACAAUGCUGCGAGGUCUCAUGCUAGGACGGAAAUGAAAAUCAAGGGGAUCGACGGCGGCUCGGGGGGCUACUGCCUGGUUGAUCCGUCUCGGGAUAUCUUCUGCAUCAGAGCACGUAGCUGGAAUGUUGACAAAGACCUUUUUAAAGUGCAGGAAAUGGGAAUCUCAGAUUCUCAAUUGGGCGGCCUGAUCAAUUUUCGUAUCGUUAAGAAUAUCGCGUUUGAAUUCGAUCCUACUUGGCUCAUCAAUCUUCCCAAUGAGGUCGACCUGAUGGCAGAGAGCUCUCCUCGCGGACUAUUUUCCCGUCCCGUUCAGAAUCGAUAUCGCUUCAACCCCACGGCGCCAAAUAUCUGGUUGAUUGACAGAGAAACGAGACGGUCACGCCGGCAAUGUUCUUACUGUCAUGUCCCAAGUGCGCCCUAUAUUGAUUACACAGAAGAGUAUUAUGUUGAAGGAAAAUCCGAUGCCUUAUGCGUGAUGCUUGAAUCAGAUGAAAGGUCUCAAGCUUUGCCACUAUUUUUGAAGAGCCUCAAGGAUAGAGUUUAUUGGUCCGAAGCUACUUGCAAUAUAGAUCACGUCAGGUUUAUCUUUCGUCGUGGUAGACAAGUGGAUCUCUGCGAUAGAGAUGGCCAUCCUAAGCAUGAACAUGGAUGGGACAUUAUUCAUCAGUUGUAUGAUCAGCGGCAAAACAAUGACCUGGACGUCAAACCAUGGAGUUUGCCUACCAGCAACGAUGUUCCUAUACAUUUUGUCAAGGCAAAGAUCGUUAACUUGAUCAUGUUCUAUUAA